UUGUAAACAUGGCGGCCGCAGUGGGUAGACUUCUGUCCUUCAGUAAAAAUGCUAAGGUGCUUGUUUCACCUUUGAGGCUGUCUGCUGUACCUGUUCACCGCUACAGCUUAGAUGUUUCCAGUACCGGCGAGGCCAUUACUCACACCGGCCAGGUGUUCGAUGAAAAUGAUCCCAGGAGAGCUAGAUUCGUUGGCAGACAGAAGGAGGUGAAUAAGAACUUUGCCAUCAAAUUGGUGGCAGAGGAGCCAGUGUCUGACAUUGAGGCCAGAGUGGUGUCCUGUGAUGGAGGUGGAGGAGCCCUGGGCCAUCCCAAAGUCUACAUCAACCUGGAUAAAGACACAAAAGUGGGAACAUGUGGCUACUGUGGAUUACAGUUCAAGCAGAAGCAUCAUCACUGAAACAUUUCCCCUGUCUUUGCUUCUCUGUAUAAAUUGCCAUAUUGGUUAAUAAAUUAUAUCUUGUCUGUC